CAGCAUCGCGCCGAGGUCCGUGCAUGACCACCGUCGUCUGCUUCUGGAAUGCGACGAUCGGGGCAUGCGCCAAGGAGCACUGGGCGUCGUGCGGCUACACGUGGCUCAACGUCGCACCCGUUGGUCUCUUUGCCACCCUGUGGCUCUGCUACGGCGUCCGACUGCUCCAGCGCCACGGCUUUCUCGCCCGGUUCCUCCAGCUCAACGCGUCGACGAUCCACGACCAAGUCGCGCAAGGUAUCGCGAUUGCGCUUUCGCAGCGCAAGUUUGGGUCGGACCAGCAGCUCCAGCUCCAGCGCUACGUCAAGCUCUGCGCCAUGUGCUCCGAGUGGCCGACCUACACCUUUGCGCCGCUCUCGAUUGCGUUCAAGGUCUCGGGCACGCCGCCGAUCGUCGACAGCCUUCUGUUUUCACUCAACUUUACUCGCGAAUCGUGGAACCUUGGGAUGGCCGUUGGCAUGGGCAUGCUACUGCUCUUGCUACGGCAGGUCCAUGCCGCGUCCCGCUACCGUACGUGUGGAAGUAUGGCGUAG